UGGAACUUAUGAAAGAACGCUUCCGGCCACAGCACGAGAUGUGCGGGACUGAUCAAGCCCAGUUUCCCCACCAGCGGCACAGCGACUGAAGCGGCGAACCAGUAGCGCGUGAUGAACGGGAUGCUUCUGAACCAGUCCCCGAGGUCUGACAUCUCUCCACAGGACACAGAGCCCGACAGCAGUUUACAGAGAGAUGUCCCUGAAUUCCAUUCAGCCCCAGCUGUCCUCUCUGAAGACGUGUCAGAGCGAUAUCAGCACAGGAAUGGACAUCGUGUCAGAAGUCGCCCUGGAUCUGGUCGAAGCCCAAGCUACUGAUGACAGUCCAGGUCUGAAGAAACUGGAGCAGAUGAUGUUGGAAUGUGCCAAACUGGACAGAGAGAUCAACUGCUUUGUGGAAUCUGUUGAACAGAUGAUUGCUCAGGUGAGACAUGAGCCUCCACACGCCAUGUUCAAGCUGAAAGACUCUGUAAAGGAGCGAUUCACUGAGCUCACGGCUGCAGUCUCGGAUGCUGACAUUGAAAGACACUGUAAAGUGGUAGCCUUCAGAGACAGCAUCAGGAAAUCUCUGCAACAAGCAAAUCAAAUGGCAUGUGGCAGUGUGGAAGAGGAGCUGGAUGAAGACAUUGCUGUAACACAGAGCCAGACGAACUUCACAUGCCCUCUUACCCAGGUUGAAAUGGUCAAUCCAGUGAAAAACAAGAAGUGCCAGCAUUACUAUGAUAAAGAAGCCAUUCUGUCCCUCAUUAAGACAAAGCAAAACAAUAAGAAGAAAUGUCGCUGUCCUGUGGUUGGCUGUGGAAACACUGAUGUCAAGCCAUCGGAUUUGGAAUUAGACCUGGUUAUGAGAAGAAUGAUACAGAACCAUAAAAGACAGAGUGGAAAGAGCUGAGUUGGACUCAUGGACUCAGGCAUGCAUAUUUUUAUAUAUAUAUAUAUAUAUAAGAGAGAGAGAGAAUAUAAGAGAGAGAGAGAGAGAGAGAGUUUUGAUAUUACUUCACUCAUUGAGCAAAUGCAAAAAAUGUAAAUUAAAUUCUCUUGGAUCAUAAAAUGUGUGUCUUGUUAGCUUUUCUAAAAAUAAAACAAAUUAAAUGUUAAA